AUGUCUACUCAAGUUCAUCCUAUCUACAUUGUUUCCGUAAAUAACACUCCACAAAGAGCCAAAGAGCUAGUUGCUAUCCUCGUCGAUGAGCUUAGAAUGGAGUACAACUUGAUCCAUGUCGCCAACAUGGACUCUAUCUUUGGGGUCAAGGCGAUUUUGGAGUCCCUAAUUGUUUUGCCACAGGUCCUUAUCUGCUCAAGCCAAUGGAACACCACACAGCAAGAAGAAGUCCAGAAACUUGCAAAGACGUUGAUUCCAGGUCUGAAAACUGUUGCGAUUCCUCCGGGUCUCAAUGCAUUGCGGGGAGGAGGUGCGGUAGUAGGAUUUUUGAAGGAGCAAUUUCUUGGACUGGGUCUCCCAAUGAGAACUUGA